AUGGCCGGGUCAGACGGGAUGCCGCAGGAAGACGAGGGCAUGACGCUGGCAGGAGGGCCACAGCCAGUGAAAGCAAAGGCGCGGCCAAAGUCGAAAGCCAAGGCAAAGGCAAAGGCAAAAGCCAAAGUGAAGGUGGCGAAAGCAAAGCCGAAGGCACAGGCGAAGACGAGCAAGAAGGCGAAGCCCAGGGAGACCAAGGCCGCAGCUCGCAGCUUCGCUCGCCGGAGCGUGGGCAAGGCAUCCGGCAAGAGGCCGCGGGAAAAGAAGGCGGACCCGGCCCCAAAGGCCAAGUCGGGUGAGAUGGAUGACAGCUCAGAGUGCGCCACGCCCAACGUCUCGGAAGCGCAGAAGCUGCUGGGCGGCCCGUCGCUGGUGGCUCAAGAUUUGGCCGGAUGGGUUGCGCGGCAGGUGGGUUUGGACUCGAGCCACGUGGGCGGCGCCGUGCGCCUCUUCCAGGACGGCGCCACGCUGCCCUUCAUCGCGCGGUACCGCAAGGAGCAGACGGGGGCCAUGGGCGAGGAGGCGCUGCGGCGGGUGGAGCGUGAGCUGGCGAGGGCCACGGACCUGGAGCGUCGCCGCGGCCGGGUGGCGGCGGCCUUACACCGCGGCCAAAACCUCACGCCCAGCCUGCAGGAGACUUUGCUGCAGGCCGAGACCGUGGAGGCCAUCGAUGCCCUGUGGGCGCCCUUCAAAGCCAAGAAGAAGACCCGGGCGCAGGUUGCCAAGGACCACGGCCUGGAGCCUUUGGCAACCUUUCUGGCAGAGGCGGCCAAGGGGGCCAUCCCUGUGUUGGAGGCGCUCAAAGCCAAGGCGCCCAUGGAGCCCAUUGAGCCCAUUGAGCCCAUUGCAGCAGAGCAGCCGGCCGCGGCUGCGGAGCCAAUCGCAGGGGAGCCACCUGCAGCGGCGGAGCCAGCUGCAGCAGCUGAGCCAAUUGCACCGGCUGAGCCAAUUGCAGCGGCCGCGGCCCAGUUUGUCUCUCAGGAGGUGCCGGAUAUCUCCGCCGCCUUGGCAGCGGCCCGGGAUAUCCUGGCGGAGCAGCUGGCGCAUCGCGCGGACAUUCGCCACAAGGCGCGCGAGAUCUUGGAGCGGAAGGUCACCUUCAGCUCCCGCCGCAAGGCAGGGGCGGACAUCGAGGAGCGGUUCAAGACAUACUGGGACUUUGCUGUGCCCAUGUGGCAGGUGAAGGCCCACCAGUUCCUGGCGGUGCAGCGUGGUGAAAAUGCCAAGUGCCUGAGCCUCAACUUCACGGUGACGCCGGAGGAUCUACGCGCCCUGCAGGCCGCUUUGCUGGCCACCUUUCUUGGCAAGAGUGCCGCCAUCGCAGCGACCCCCACGCCCCUGAGACACGACCGCCUUCCUUGGGACUGCCGAGCCGCCUGCGCAGAGAUCAGCGCGGCCCUCGAGGAUGCGACCAAGCGGCUGCUGCUGCCGAGCCUGCAGAGGGAGUGGCGCCGGCGUUUGAAGGACCGCUCGGAGGACGAAGCCUUCGACACCUUCCGCCGGAAUCUCAAGAAGAAGCUGCUGACCCCACCCCUGCGGCUCCAUCCAGCCUGGGGCGCGUCGCCGGAAGCCGAGCCCACAAUUCUGGGCUUGGAUCCGGCCUUCCGCACGGGCUGCAAGUGCGCUCUCAUCACCUCCACAGGCCAAGUCCUGGCCACCAAGACGAUAUUUCUUCAUCAAGCCCAGGCGGCGAGCGCCGGGCUCUGGGAGUUGCUGUCGCAGGGCCUUGGGCCCGCGGAGUGUCCGGACACGGAGACGGCUUCGGAGCCGCCGGCGAAGCGGCGGAAGCUGAGCGCGCGGGUGGUGUGCAGCCUGGGGAAUGGCACUGGCAGCCGGGAGACGGAGCAGUGGUUGAGGCAGCACCUGAAAGAGGAGCCCCGGGUGGGGUACAGCGUGGUGGACGAGGCCGGCGCCUCCGUGUACAGCGCCUCGCGCCUGGCGGGGGCGGAGCUGCCAGCGCUGGACGUAGCGCUGAGGGGCGCCGUGUCGAUCGCGCGGCGCCUGCUGGACCCGCUCUCCGAGCUGGUGAAGAUCGACCCCCGCAGCAUCGGGGUGGGCCUGUACCAGCACGACGUGGACCAGAAGCGACUGCAGGAAGAGCUCAGGAGCGCGGUGCAGGACGCCGUGAACUGCGUGGGGGUGGAUCUGAACACCGCGUCCCCGGCACUCCUGGAGCAUGUGGCGGGCCUGAACGCAUCCCGGGCACAGAGCAUCCUGCGGCAGCGGGAGGAGCUCGGGCGCUUCAACACCUUGAGCCAGCUGCGGAAAGUGAAGGGCCUGGGCCCCAAGUGCUUUCAGCAAGCCGCGGGCUUCCUCCGAGUCUUUCAAGGAGGUCCUUCUUCGGCGCCGGAGCCUCUGGACGCCUUGCCCAUCCACCCAGAGAGUUACGAGGCUGCCCGCGCCCUGCAGCGGCGAGGAAAUGGCGCUUUGCAAGAUCUCUCCAGCGAGGUGGCGUCAGAGUUGGGGGUCGGCCUGGAGACGCUUCGAGACAUUUGCACUGCGCUGAUCCAAGCUGGCACCGGCGAUCUAGAUCCUCGGUGCAGAGAGCCAGCUCCUCGCAUCAAGAGCGUGGGAAGCGUGCCGCAGGCGGGGGCGGCUUUGGAUGCCCAAGAGGCCGGCAUCACAGUGGAGCAGCUAAAGCCGCAAAUGGUGCUGGCAGGGAUUGUGAAGAACGUGGUGGCCUUCGGAGCCUUUGUGGACCUCGGAGUGGGCUGCGAUGGCCUGCUGCAUGUCUCGAAGUUUGCCGCCGUGCCGCCGUCCGUGAACGACCAGCUGGAGGUCGUAGUCCUGUCUACGGAACGCCGGCAAGAGAAGGGGAAGGACAAGUGGCGAGUGAGCCUAGCCAUGAAGUGA